AUGACCAGCAACCUAGACAAUUUUAAUCCAUGUUCAAGAAACUUAUUCGAAACGAAAGAUGAUGUUAGACGCGCUUUCGUGGACACCUUCGAACCAUUGGUUCCAGCAUUUUCAGAAGGUUGUGCUGGUGUGAACUUGGAGGAGAGUGGUGGACAUUUUCCAACCACAGCAGCUCACUUCGAAGGGUUUGCAAGAGCAUUGUUGGGAGCCGUCCCAUUUGCUGCGGGUGGUGGAGACUUCAAACAUUGGGAGUUAUUUAGAAAAGGGUUGACUAAUGGUACAGACCACAAUCAUGAAGAAUAUUGGGGAGAUAUCGAAGAUUGCGACCAAAAAUUGGUUGAAUUGGCUGGUGUUGGAUACGCCUUAGCAUUUGUACCAGAGCAUGUUUGGGAACCAUUGCUGAAAGAAGCUAAGAAAAAUCUUAGUGAAUACCUUCUCACGGCCAGGAGCCGUCACUUUCGUCGUUGUAACUGGAAGUUUUUCAGAGUCAUGAUUGAUUUGGGAUUGGAUAAAAUUGGAGUCAAGUUUGAUCACCAAAUGACACACGAUUAUUUGGAUGAAGUAGAUACUAUGUACAUAAGGGAUGGUUGGUAUGGUGAUGGUGAUAUAGCAAGUGUCGAUUAUUACAACCCCUAUGCAUUGCAUUUAUUUGGAUUGAUUUAUUCUAAAGUAAGAAAAGAUAGAGAACCAGAAAGGUGUAAAAGGUUGAAAGAUAGAGCUGUUCAAUUCGCCAAGCAAUACCUUCAUUUUUUUGCAGAUGAUGGUGGAGCCCUUCCGUAUGGUAGAUCAAUGACAUACAGGUAUGCUAUCAUUGCUUUUUGGGGUGCCUUGGCAUUUGCAUUAGAAGAGGGUGAACAGCCAGCUAUUCCUUGGGGAGUUAUGAAGGGAGUAUACUUAAGAAACUUAAGGUGGUGGUCUAAGAAACCAAUCUCGAGAUUUAGAACAAACAUUCUUUCAGUAGGGUAUGCAUAUCCUAAUCAGUUCUUGUCUGAAUCCUACAAUUCACCUCAAUCACCAUAUUGGGCAUUUAAAGCAUUUACUGCUUUAAUGAUCCCAGACAACCAUCCAUUUUGGACGUCAAAAGAAGAACCGUUGGUGUUAGAAGAUACUCAGAUGAAAAUUCCUGGUAUCCUCUUUUCACAUAACAAGUUAAACACAGUAGCAUUAAUUAGUGGGCCAUAUAAAACUUUCAACUUAAGAAAUCAAGCUGAAAAAUACAACAAGUUUGCUUAUAGUACUAGGUACGGUUUCAGUGUUGAAAACAAUGCAAGAGGAUUUGACUUUGCUACUCUUGAUAAUAUGAUUGGUUUCAGUUUUUCAGGUCGUGAUUUCUACGUCAGACAGAACAAUAAGUCUUGGAUAUUCGAUGGUGGAUUAUAUUCUGAGUGGACCCCAGUAACUGGAAUUGAUGUCAAAACGUGGAUUUUACAGAAGGGCAAAUACCACAUAAGAGUCCACCAUAUUGAAAACAAGACUCCAUAUGAUGUAGACUCACUUGAAGGAGGUUUCGCAGUACCUUCGAUGAUCGCCAAGGGUAUCAAGACUACUGAACAGAGCGGAUCCCCUGUUUUAGGAGAAGUGACGACUAACGAGGAUACUAGUUUAAUAGUAAACUUGUUGGGAUCUAGAAAAGCAAGAGUUACUGAGCCAGAUCCAAACACCAAUUUCAUGUCAUCGAAAGUAAUUGUACCCCAAUUGAGGGCAUCAGUUGCUGCCGGUUCUAGCACCAAGCUUGCCAGUGCCAUAUAUGCUCAGCUGAAGUCUAUUCCCUUUGAAAAGGAGGAAUGGUUGAAAAACUUGAGCAUUCCAAGCAACGAUGAGUUAAAGGAACUUUCUUCCAAGGCAGAAAGAGUGGUUUGCAAUGAAUAG